CCGGGUAUUAAAAUUCGCAGACACGACAGUUAUUUACAUUUCUUUUCCGAUAUUUCGAAGAAAAUGAAGUAUAUAGAAGUGCAUUUCGUUUUAAUUAUUUUAAAUGUUUUUCUACUCGAAUAUUCGAACGUGGUAACAGGAGAAGUACUUUUUAAGCCCGAAAUAAUCUACGUCGAAGACAUAUGUAGGAAAAAUGAAAUUUUUAGUCAGUGCCAGGCAGAUCCAAAUUGCGAAAAGAAUUGUGAUAAUGUUGAUAUCUGGGAAUCUAUGCCUUGCAUUCAGACAAAAAAUUGUUUAAGUGGUUGUAUCUGUGACAAGGGAUAUGCACGCGACAAUAAUCAAGGAAUUUGUGUUCUGGAAAACAGUUGUCCUAGAAUUAGACAUUAAUUUGGAAUAGAAUCGUUUUAAAAUAUUUGAUAUUGUUUAGAACAUUUAAUGUUCGUA